AUGCAGCCGGUUCAGGUUAGGGACCUCCCCUCUUCCGCCUCCUUCUACGCCGCUAUCGUUCAACCACUCAAACUCCGGUAUAUCUCCGCCAACGCUUCGUCCAUAGUCUUCGGUGACAGUGCUUCCGGUGCUCCGGUCUUAGAAGUUAAGAGGCUUGCUCCCGGCCAACAUCUAAGACCAUCUCGCGUAAUCCUUUCCGCCCAAUCACCCUCGGUUGUAUCUGCUUUUCGAACCGCUGCCUUACGGGCGGAGCCCGAUAUACAAGUCGACACAUUCGACGAGGGCCGCGUAGAGGUCACAGACUUUGACGGAAACAAAAUAGAGGCUGUCUGCUCCGCUGGAUACCGUUCUAGCUUUGCACGUGCAAAUUCCAGCGCUGCCAUUGCUUCACGAGAACCUCGGGCCAUGAUGAAGCGGAGUGCCACUACUUCCGCCGUGGAACCCCCGCCGCGUGAGACGUCCGGAGGGUUCGGCGCUGGCACCGGGAUGGGCACGGUCCUCGGGGCCGCAGCCGUUGGUGUUGCCGUAGGUAGCGCUCUAACCUAUGCCUUUAUGGGUAACGGCCGCCAGCGUGCUACCCCGCGUCAAGAAUACGAAACCGCAUUACAACGGCGCGCAUCUUAUUCAGACCCGCACCAGAAUGUUCAACCUAGGUACAUCGAGGACAAGAAGUAUCCACCGCUUAGUUACGGAGCACGGUAUGCCCAGAUUGAGGCACCCGUAAGAAGUAGGGUAGUAGAGGACCUCGACGACCGCGCGAGCCGACACACAGGCCACUAUACCACGGCCAGCCGAUCUCGUCGCCUCAGCGAGGCUGGCUCCACAAGGCGGCCGGCCAUGACCACCGACGUAGAGUACAUAAGCAAUGCCGGCACCAAGUACGAACAGAAGCUCCUAAUGGACAGGGAGUAUCGUAGCCAGGUGGGCGAAGAUGACCGUCGCAGUUACGCGCCAUCCAAGUAUUCAGCUGCCCCAUCAAGGCACACCGCAACACCAUCCAAAUACGCGGCGGAGUCCGAAUACCGCGGUCGAAGCAGCUCUAAACCCAGAGCUUCCCGACCGGCUCAACCCGAGACAUACGUCUCAACGCGUAGCAAGCGACCCGUUAGUACGGCACGCCCUCCCACACGGUCGCACAGCCGGGUUUCGGCGCGGGAUCUCGAUCUCCCCGAGAGCCGCACCGGCUGGGAUGACGAUGACGACGUGGAGAGUAUCGCGCCCGACGACAGCAUCAGCUGCGUUGGCGACGAAGGAUACACUAAGCGUACACACCGCCACGCGCCGCACGGGACCCCGUCGAUGGUCGGGCGUUUUCGAAGAGUUGUUAAUGAGUUUGACGGCAAACGCAGGCCGUUGUACGGAUCCGAGGUUAAAUAG